AUGAGUAAUAGUGGGAAUAACAGUAAAGAUAGUAAAGAGGGAGGUUCAGGUAGAUCAUCUUCACCAUCACCAUCACAAAAUUCAUUAGCUGUACCACAGCAACACACAACAGGAGCACAACAAACUCAACCAUUAUUACAGGGUCAAUUAUCACUAUCAAUUUUAAAUAAAGUUCAAACAGCAACACAAGCAGCAGCAGUCGCAGCAGCAGAUGCAACACAAAAUGGUGGUGUUAGUAAUGGUACAAUUGUUUCGAACAGUGGUGGAUUUAAAUCAAAGAAAUUAGUAGAGUUUAUCCUUUUAGCAGAGUUUGAUAUUUUACAGGGUAGUAAAGUUAAUAUUCAAUAUCCUUAUCCAAUUGCUACAGGUGGUAUGGAAUUGAUGUUAUCAGAGUGGAUGUUACCAGAUGGAGCACACAAAAGAAAUGAUGAUUGGACAGUAUUCUUUUUAAAUAGACCAGUCCCAGAAAAUAUUAAAUCUCCAGAAAAAUCAAAAUCAUCAUCUUCCAAAAGUUCUCAAUCUCCACAAUCACCUUCAAAAAUUGAUACCAAUAAUAAUAAUAACAAUAACAAUAACAAUAAUAAUAAUAAUAAAUCAGCAACAGCUGCACCUAAAGUUGAAAAACAAAUAUCAUCACCUUUAAUGGCAUAUAUUUAUAGUUUCUCUGAAACUGAUGAAGAAAAAGGUUGGGUAAUGUUAGAUCAAGAAAAACUCCUUGUUGAGUUUUACCAAAAUUACAUUUCGAUUGGUUCAAGCAAUGGUUCAUUUUCAACUAAAAUUCAAAAGCAUGCAGAUUUAGAAUUUACACAAUUAGAGCCAUUAUUUGAUUGUGUUUUAACAGAUUCAAGUACAGCUUUAGGUAUUAGAUUUAUAGAAGCAGCAGAUGAAAAAUUAUUUUUAGAGCAUUUGACAAGAUUAAUUUCAGAAAUUCAAGAUGAUCAAGCAAAAGGUAAAACAAAAUCUGAAUCUUCUCCAGAAAUUACAACUGAUAAUACAUCCCCACAACAACCAGUUAAUAGCAAUCCAAAUGAAACAACAACUACCACCACCGCAACAGAACCAUCAACUACCACCAACCCAACUGAAAAUAAGGAUUCAUCUUCAAAAGAUACACCAGCAUCUAACGAAUCAACAACCAAUCCAAAUGAACCACCAGAGGAUCAAAAGUGUAAAGAUUUCUUAUAUUGUCUUAAUUAUAUGAAUAAUCAAAAAGAUGAUACAGCCAAAAGAGGUGCUGUUGUCAAAUCAAUGGCAAUUUGUUCAACCCAUCCAUUUAUCAAUAUAUUCAAGCCAUUUAUUGUUUUAGCAAUGCAAAAAUAUUAUAGCAAUCCAAGUAUCGAUGUUAUUAUUGAGUUAUAUAAUUCAUUAAAUAGUUUAGAUAUGUCAACAGUACCACAAUUAAACGAUAUUCAAAAACAUAUUCUACGUGCAUCACCAGACCGUAAUAAACAUAUUUACGCUACAACUAUUACAUAUUUAGGUAAUAAAAUGCCAUUAUAUAUACCAAUUACAUAUUUCCCAGAUGAAGUCGGUGAUUAUAAAGUAAUUGGAUUGGUACAAAAGUUUGGCAAUGAUGUUAUGAAAAUUUUUAAUGGUGUUUUAUCACAAAAAAGAAUUAUAUUUUUAGGAUAUGGAUGUAGUGCAGAUGAAAUUUGUAACUAUGUAUUAGCAGCAUGCUCAAUGGUUUGUCCACCACUAAAAGGUACAAGAGAAAGAUGCUUCCCAAAUUUCAAUUUACAUCAUCACUCUUUAAUUGAAGGAUUACCAUCAAGCACAGGUGUAAUAUUAGGUGUUGCAAAUCCAAUGUUUGAAGAACGUACUGAAUGGUGGGAUAUUCUUUGUAAUAUUAGUACUGGUAAAGUUACAAUCAAUCCAAAUUUAAUCAAUCCAGAACAACAAGAUAAAUUCACACAAUACGAUAAUGAUUUUAUGGCUGAAGUCAAUUACAACAUUUCAGCUCACUAUGGCGAAGAUAAAAUUAAAUCACUUUUCCAAGAAUAUACUCAACAUAUUGUGGAUAUGACAUUAGAUGAAGAGGAGUUCCUUGAUGAUCAAUCUCGUCAACUUGCUAUCGAUGCUAAUCAUCAACGUAUUGAAGCAUGGACUAAAACCAAAUCAUUCUCAACCUAUCUCUUUGACAAAGAAUAUACUAAACGUACUAGCGCUAUACGUGAUCACACCACUCUUGCUUCAAUUCGUAAACUCCGUAAAAAGAAACAUAUUCCAGAAAAAGAAGUAUUGAAAAUUUAUCACUCUUUCCUUAAUUCUAUUAAAACAGAAGAACAAGUCACAGAAUUCCUUUCCUAUCUUCCAAAAUCCCAUGGUGGUUUAUUCCCUGUUGCUGUUGGUCUUUUCCAUAAAUCUGAUGAAGUUCGUUAUGCAACAUGUGAACUUUUAAGAAGAUUAGACAAGUUCCAGUCUGGUAAUGCUUUUAUUUCAGGUUUAAAUCCUUUCUUAAAAGCUUCUUAUGAAAGAAAUUUAAGAGUUCAAGAGUUAUCACCACAAAACCAAAAAUUUUUAUAA